UGUCAUCAAUCAAUUAAAUUUCCACUAUAUAUGCCCCUGUUAAAUUAAAAGUCAACUGGGCGUUACCGGCAGCAAAAAUGCUUUGGAGAACAAUCUUCAUGGCAAUUUUUAUUUCCUUCGUCAAUAGCUACCAUUUUCACCAAGGCUAUAACACUGGCUAUACUAUCGUACCUGAUACUACCUCAGAGUUGGGAGGGACGAGACCAGUUGCCAAACCGCGAUGUACAACUGCGUUCGUACUCGAAGAAGCUCUUCAAGCCGAAAGUUACAGCGUUUCGCAGAACAGAGCACUAAUUCAACAAAUCAACACCCGUUUCUGGACAAUUUUGGAGAAAAUUUCUGAUGUAAAAGUCAACUGGGUCUUGCCGGCAGCAAAAAUGAUUUGGAGAACAAUCUUCAUGGCAAUUUUUAUUUCCUUCGUCAAUAGCUACCAAUUUCACCAAGGCUAUGACACUGGCUAUACUAUCGUACCUGAUACUAGUAGGACCACUCCACAUUUGAAUCCUCCUACUACUCCUCAUUUUCAUUAUGGAAUGAAUGGAUAUGGAAUGAACGGAUAUGGAAUGAACGGGUAUGGAAUGAACGGAAAUGGAAUGAACGGAAAUGGGAUGAAUGGAUAUGGAAUGAACGGAAAUGGAAUGAACGGAAAUGGAAUGAACGGAUAUGGAAUGAACGAUUAUGGAAUGAACGGAAAUGGAAUGAACGGAAAAAUGAACGGACGGAGGCUACGGAACAGGAACUUUAUGGAUAAAAUAUUGAAGCCACAAGAAGAUUGGUUUCUAUAUCGUGGAUAA